AUGGUGGCUGGAGCAGCAAGUCUGGCGCCGCUGCCGCCUCGCGCGGGCCACCUGGAAAUGGCCUACGCCGCUGCCAAUCGCAGCAGCAGCAGCAGCAGCAGCAGCAGCAGGGUGUCGGCGUACACGGAGCAGCUCUCUGGCUGCCUCACUGCUGCUGCUCCUGCCUUUUGCUGCAGCAGCAAAAUCAUUUGCUGCUCCAUGGGGCCCCACAUCUGCGUGUACACCACAGCUGCUGCUGAGCUGCUGUACACCUGCAAGGGCCACAAGAGCAGAGUUGUUGGGAUGGUGAGCAUCCCCCCGAAGCUGUACCGCGCGCUGCCGCCGAUGCUGCUGUCAUUUGCUGUUGAUGGCAGCAUUUGCUGCUGGGAGCUGCACAGCAGCCACUUCUUUUAUGACAAACUCGAGCAGCAGCAGCAGCAGCAGCAGCAGCAGCAGGACACGUCUCCCAACUGCCUGCGCACAAUGAAGGUGGAAGGCGCCAUCUUGGGCACUGCUGCUGCAUGCAGGAGCCGAGAGGUCGUGCUGCUGCUGCUGCUGCCAGCGCAGCAGCAGCAGCAGCAGGGCAGCGGAAGGAAAGGAGCAGCAGCAGCAGCAGCAGCAGACAGUUGCUGCUACGCGGUGCGCGUGCUGCCAUUUGAAGCCUUUCUGCCCUCUGCAGAUGGCCCCAGAGGAGCAGCAGCAGCAGCAGCGCAUCAGCAGCAGCAGCAGAUGCUGCUGCAGGGCGAGGACUUGUUCACCUUCAAAGAGCUCCCGUCGGCUUUUGCUGCUUCGCCCACAGCCAACACGAUUGCUGUUGCAUGCGGGAAGGCGCUGCUGCUGUACAAGCGCCAGCAGCAGCAGCAGCAGCAGCAGCAGCAGGUGCUGCGGCUGCUGCACGUGGACCUGCUGGUCCAGGUGUCUAUACACCCGGAGGAGCUGUUCGUUGCUGCUGGCGACGAUCAGGGCCGCAUCGUGCUGUUCUACACAGCGCAGCAGCAGCAGCAGCAGCAGCAGCAGGUGCAGCAGCAGCAGCAGCUGCGGACCGCGGUGCUGCACUGGCACUCGCACGCAGUGAACUGCCUAGGGUUUAGCAGCGAUGGUUUGCUGCUGCUGUCAGCAGCAGAAGAGGGGGUUUUGGUUUUGUGGCUGCUGCAGCAAGGGUUUAGGCGGCAGUUUUUGCCGCGGCUGGGGGCCCCCGUGCUGCAGCUGUCGCUGGCGUGGACGGAGCUGCUGGCGCAGCAGCAGCAGCAGCAGCAGCAGCAGCAGCAGAUGGAGCUGCUGGCGCUUGCAUGCGCAGACAACAGCGUCCGAGUCAUUCAGGGGGGGACUCUUGCUGCUGCUGCUGCUGUCAAGGGGGUGGCCAUGCCGCUGGCGGCCUUCAAGCUGGACCUUGCUGCUGCUGCUGCUGCUGCUGCCAAAGCAGCAGCAGCAGCAGCGCCGGCUGCUGCUGCAGCGCCGCCCGCAGACGCAGACGCAGACGCCGCACUCCAGAGGAAGCAGCAGCAGCUGCUGCUGGAGCAGCGGCUCCUCAGCAGCAGCAGCAGCAGCAGCAGACCCGUCCGCAUCAGCCUCCGGCCCUUCACCGUCAACAGCAGCAGCAGCAGCAGCAGCAGGGACAUGCUGCUGGUGUGCAGCAGCGAGUCGCAGCUGCAGUGUCUCGACAGCGAAAGCGGCCAGGAGGAGUUCCUGCUGCUGCUGCAGCAGCGUACAUACACCUCACGGGCGGACGAGGCAUUUGGCUGCACUUGGGCUUUGGAAGCAGCAGCAGCAGAUUGCUGCAGCAGCAGCAUUGCCGUGCUGCAGGCCAGAGACACGCAGCAGCAAUCAGCAGCAGCAGCAGCAGCAGGCCUGUUCCCCGCAGACUCCAGCAGCAGCACAGUCUGCACCUGCUCCUGCUGCAGCAGCAAACCUCCCAGGGUCAGACCGGCAACCUGCUGCGCCUGCAGCAGCAGCAGCAGCAGCAACAGCUUCUGCUGCAGCAGCAGCAGCAGCGCCUGCUGCAGCUACUAUAGAGGGGAGCUGCCGCUGGAGCCGCAGCAGCAGAGCAGCGGCCGCAGCUACUCCCUCUCCUUCUAUGUUUGGAUGGAGUCCAGCAGCAGCAGCAGCAGCAGCAGCGACGAAGAGGACGAGGACCCGCAGCAGCAGCAGCAGCAGCAGCAGCAGCAGCUGGGGUGGCGGCCUGAAGCACGCGGCAGCUUUGUUCUUUUAAAUGAAGUCCAAGAGCCUCACCUUCACGACGUCACUGCCCUUCAGCCCCACCCCCUCGAGCCCUGCAGCUUUUUGACAGCUUCAAUAGACUCUCGGUUCAAGAUAUGGCGGCGGGUGGCAGCUCCGGGAGCAGCAGCAGCAGCAGCAAGUUCUGCUGCUGCUGCUGCUGCUGCUGCUAGCUAUUCUGCUUUUGUUUGUUUGGUGGAGUUUAGCUGCUGCAGCUUGCCAGUUUACUGCUGCUGCUUCUCUGCUGAUGGCUCGCUGCUUGCUGCUGCUCACGGGGGUUUUGUGUCUCUUUGGGCUGCUGCUGAGGGCCCCCGUUUGCUGCACACUCUCCCCGUUGCUGCUGCUGUCCUCAGCAGCAGCAGCAGCAGCAGCAGCAGCAACAGCGAAAGCGGCGGCGACGCAGCAGACCCAGAACCCGCAGCAGCACCAGCAGCAGCAGCAGCAGCAGCAGCAGCAAAGGAUUGCAUGCUGCUGGAGAGGCGCUGCGAAUCUGUGUUUAUAAUAGAAUCUUCCUUUGGCAUCUUUCUGCUGCUGCAGACAGCAGCAGCUUUGCUGCUGCUGGACGCGCAGCAGCUGGCAGUUGUGUGGCAGCAAACUUUCGAAG